AUGGAAACUCGUUCAUAUUUUGCAGAAUACAAUUUGCUCCAAAAGACAAUUCUGCAUGGAGACAUUUUAGCCAGUCCAGUGGAUAAAUUGGCCAGUGAAUACUACAAGGAAAUCAAGUGA